AUGGAUCGAGUUCAUGAGGCCCUGAUGCUCACUCUCCCUGAUGAGWYUUWGUUGGACACUGUGGAAGUGGAGGCAGUUUCACAGGAAGUGGAGGCAGUUUCACAGGAAGUGGAGGCAGUUUCACAGGAAGUGGAGGCAGUUUCACAGGAAGUGGAGGCAGUUGCACAGGAAGUGGAGGCAGUUGCACAGGAAGUGGAGGCACUUGCACAGGAAGUGGAAGAAGCAGCCCAUGAAGCUGUCAAAGUUUCUGAAUCUGUGGAAGAAGCAGCCCAGGUUGUGGAGGAACCACCUGCAGCCACUGUUGAGGAACCAGAGAGCAAUGUGCUACUGGCGGGUGCUUCUACAGUCGAAGUAACGAAGACAGCUGAAGUUGAGAAUGAGUUGGCUCCCACUAUUCAAGAUCUCGAAGAAAACAAGACCCCAGCACCAAAAGAGGCAAUGCUUGCUGAUGUGUCACCACCCAUUCUAAUUGAACCAGUCGAAAGUGUUAUACAGACCCAUGUUUCACUGGUGGAGGAAGGUUUGGUACCAGCAGAAAAUGUAUCAGCUGUUGAAGUACCUGCAUCAAAGCCUGUACCAGAAGAUGUUAAGGAGUCCUUCAUACAAGCAAAGUUGGCCAUUUUAGAGGAGUUGCCUGCACAAGUUGUACCCUUUGUUGAGAAGAUUCCUGAUACCAAAGAAGUACUAGCCGGUGAGGAGACCCCUUCUACUGUGGAGGUGCCAGUUGUUGAAGAGACCCCUGCAAUAGAAGAGACACCAAUUGUUGAAGAAACCCUUGCUCCACUAGAGGUACCAAUUGUUGAUGAGAUCCCUGCUACCGUGGAGGUACCAGUUGUUGAGGAGACCCUUGCUAUAGAAAAUGUACCAGUUGGUGAAGAAACUCUUGCUCCAUUGGAGGUACCAGCUGUUGAAGAGAUCCCUGCCCCAUUGGAGGUACAAGUUGUUGAGGAGACCCCUGCUACAGUUGAGGUACCAGUUGUUGAGAUCCCUGCUUCAGUGGAGGUACCAGUUGUUGAGGAGACCACUGCUAUAGAAGAUAUAACAGUUGUUGAGGCCCAUACCCCACAGGAGGUGCUGGUUGUUGAAGAGACCCCUGCUACAGAAGAGGUAUCAGUUGUUGAGAAUACCUCUAUUACAGAAGAGGUACCAGUUGUUGAAGAGACCCUUACCCCAUUGGAGGUGCCACUUGAAGAGACCCAUGCUACAGAAGAGGUACCAGUUGCUGAGGAGACCCUUACUCCAUUGGAGGUGCCAGUUGAAGAUACCCCUGCUACAGAAGAGGUACCAGUUGCUGAGGAGACCCUUACCCUAUUGGAGGUGCCAGUUGAAGAGACCCCUGCAACAGAAGAGGCACCAGUUGUUAAGGAAACCCUUGCUCCAUUGGAGGCACCAACUGUUGAGAAGACCCCUGUUACAGAAGAGGUACCAGUUGAGACCCAUACACUAUUGGAGGUGCCAAUUGUUGAAGAGACCCCUACUACAGAAGAAGUACCAGUUGCUGAGGCCCCUGAACCAGUGGAAGUUGCAUCAUUCAUGACAUUAAAAGAAGCUGGAGAAGUUGCUGAGAAGUUUGUGGUACCAACAGAAGAAACCACAGUGCCACUAAUGGAGGAAGUUAUGGCACCAGAACAAGAUACAGAUACAGCCCCUGUUGAGUCCYCGACUGAAGAUGCCAGCAAGGAAUACAUUGUUGUCAUUCUGGAGGGAAUUCCCAAAGAGGAAAAGAGGCCCAAGGUUCUGGGAGUUGGUCCCCUAACUGGUAGACUCAUCCCAGCUACAGAAGAUGACAAUACCCCUCCCUCCGAGGGUGGGCGACGUCGUCUUAGAAUGCAAAUGCAGUAAAAUCGAUAAAGAGUACACCUCUCCUGAAUGAUGUCCUUUGGUAGAAGAUGAUGUGCCUUUCUUUCUCCAGCACUUUCCUUCAUCCUUUAACUCUCAGCUACAAACACACUUAGUCACGGGUUUAGAUCAAUAACUSAUUUACUGAACACUCAUUUAAACAUAUAAGCGGUGGCUCAAACAGCCCAUUACUGUGAAUUUUCACAUGGGGGGAGUUCCAGGUGAGUCCAGUCAUGUUUCGGAUGUCUGGUACAGUGUUAGGAACUUUUCUGUGAGCUUUUGUCUGUUUACAGCUUUUGACUUAACUGAAACAUUCAGUCAAUUCUUUAUUCUUAUUGUUACAGUUUACUGCCUGAAAAAACACUCCACUAAAAUGUGUUGACACUGUGCACCAAACCCAGCCACCACAGUAUUAUCUUAAGAGUUUAUAAGCAUCCCUGCAGUUUGUGACUUUACCUGACUUCAACGUUUUCCUGCUGUGACAAUGAAUGAGGAAAACACUAACCUUUCAUUAGGAAACACUUCUACAUUCUGGCUCAGGAGCCUACCUUCUUACCUUUCUACCUCAGUUUUUCAAAUAACUCCAAAGACCUCUUUGCUGUAAAAGUCAGCGUUGAGUUUCUUGGCCUGAAACACACUUGCUUAUCCACCAUCUUAACUCUAAAGCCAGGGUCUGUCUGGACUGUCGAUGUUGGACACUAGAUGGUAAAUAGCAUUCACAGGGGAGUCUCAGAAAAGUCUUGAGACGUUUGCAGGGGUUCUUUGUUUCCUUUCGUGAGUCGUAGGCACUUGCAGUCUUGUUAAAGUUUUGGAAAUACACAAAAAUUGGUGACAGUUUUUUUUCCUCAGAAGGGUUGAAGAGUCAUGGUAAGUGAGUCAAACCUGUCUCAAAAUCUUUUCACGUUAGUCUACAUAAUUCUAUUCCCACCGAUUAUGUCCAAAUCAGGCUAUCUUUAAUUUUAAGUGUACUUCAGUAAAUUAUAUCGUAGUCAUGGAGGCUGCUCAGGUGGGUACAAAGCAGGCCCAGGUCGGCAACAAUAUAAGAUUCAGUUUUGCAAGCUGAAAGCAAAAAAUAAGUUGUGAUUUUCAAAGUUUGUAUAUCUCACUGUACAAACCUGAAAAAUUGGCCUGUUUUAUUGUAAGUUUGAGUUGCCAGCUAGUUUCAAACAGUCCAGAGAGAUCUCAGCGCUAAAGUUACUCCAUGACCUCCUCCAGUAAUCCUACAUCCUUCUCUAAAAGUUCAGCCAUGUUCUCACCGAGUAGAACCAUCAGGUCAUCAUGUGACGCCUCGUUUUGUUCUUCACAUCUUAGAGAAAACACAAGUUCUGUCUUGAUGUUCCUGAGGUUUGACCACAUGGGACACAUGUCCCAGCUGAGCAGUUACUAUCACCAUUAGACAGAGCUUAACGUGAAAAAUGAGCAGACUUUUAUUAAAGUGGCACAUUUAAAGUGUGGUGGUUGUUCUUGUGGGAAAACUCCAUCAUUAGUGGAUUAGAUAGUGAAUAAGCUAACUCAGCACCAUGUAGUUUUUGUGUCCUGUCUGGUUCUUCCUGUUUCAGCUGUUCUGAGCCCACCUGUCCCCUCRGAGGCUAUAAACAGGUGUAGCAUUAAAAACGAAGGAUGAUCUGUGUUUCUGUAUUAAAACCUGACUGGAUGCCGUUGAUUUAAAGAACCUGCACUGUAACGUGUUUUAUUGUACUGCAAAAUAAAAGGGAUUAAAAACUGGA